CCGGCUCCCGAACUGCCCCUAGGCGCCCAGCUAUGACUCCCUCUGGCCCAUUCCACACUCCCGGCCUCCCGAGACGUGACCUGGAGGGGCAGAGCGCGGCCUGGGCCUCUCCUUGGGCGCGCUUCCACUUUUCAGUUCCAGGCUGUCGGGCCAGGACCCCUCAGGGAUUUUUGUGUGGGGCAGGGGCGAGUCAUGCAAGGCCUAUAUGACCCCAUCUAUAGAAAAAAGCGGUGCGGGGCUGUGGCGGGGAGGACGGCCGAGUGGAGCAGGGAAGAUGGAAGAGCUGAAUCAAGCCCUGGCUAGUAGCUUUUCUGUGUCUCAAGAUCUGAACAGCACAGCUGCCCCACACCCCCGCCUGUCCCAGUACAAGUCCAAGUACAGUUCCUUGGAGCAGAGUGAGCGGCGCCGCCGGUUACUGGAACUGCAGAAAUCAAAGCGGCUGGAUUAUGUGAACCAUGCCAGAAGGUUGGCUGAAGAUGACUGGACAGGGAUGGACAGUGAGGAGGAAGAAGAAAAGAAAGAUGAUGAGGAAAUGGACAUUGACACUGGCAAGAAGUUACCAAAACGCUAUGCUAAUCAAUUAAUGCUGUCAGAGUGGUUAAUUGACGUCCCUUCAGAUUUGGGGCAGGAGUGGAUUGUGGUCGUGUGCCCUGUUGGAAAAAGAGCCCUUAUUGUGGCCUCCAGGGGUUCUACCAGUGCCUACACCAAGAGUGGCUACUGUGUCAACAGGUUUUCUUCCCUUCUGCCAGGAGGCAACAGGCAAAACUCAACAACAGCAAAAGACUACACCAUUCUGGACUGCAUUUACAGUGAGGUGAACCAGACCUACUAUGUCCUGGAUGUGAUGUGCUGGCGGGGACACCCUUUUUAUGACUGCCAGACUGAUUUCCGAUUCUACUGGAUGCAUUCAAAGUUACCAGAAGAAGAAGGACUGGGAGAGAAAACCAAGCUCAAUCCCUUUAAAUUUGUGGGACUAAAGAAUUUCCCUUGUACCCCUGAGAGCCUGUGUAAGGUGCUGUCUAUGGAUUUCCCUUUUGAGGUAGAUGGGCUUCUCUUCUACCACAAGCAGACCCACUAUAGCCCUGGAAGCACUCCUUUGGUGGGCUGGCUGCGCCCCUACAUGGUGUCAGAUGUUCUUGGCGUAGCUGUGCCAGCUGGCCCGCUGACGACCAAGCCAGAAUAUGCUGGGUACCAACUCCAGCAGAUUAUUGAGCACAAGAGGAGCCAGAAGGAGGGCAUAAAGGAGAAACUCACACACAAGGCCUCUGAGAGCGGGCGCUAUGAGUUGGAGUACUUGUCCACCCCCAAGCUGAAGAGCCCUCCCCAUAGCCCCAACCACCCAGGGAGCCUCAUGGAGAACUAGAGAGGGCAGCCUCCUUUGGGAGUCACAGGAUGGUGGCUGGUCCCAGAAGGAAGGCUGGGGAGGAGGACAGUGACAAGAACAAGGUGAUUUCAUUUUAGAGCAGACUUUCCAAAGCUGUUCCAACUGGAAACAGCUUAUCUCCUAUCUGAAAUGCUGGCUCUAACAGUUGGGGGAGGUUCCCAGAUUGGCUGGUCUUUGGAUUUGGAUUUGGAGUUGCUACUCCUGUGAAAAUGUAUUCCAAAUCCACAAUGUAAAUAUAUGUAAUUCUUAA